AUGCAGGCCUCAAAGUUCCUUGGCCUCUUUGCCCUCUUUGUGGCUUCUGCUUCUGCCCUUGCUCCUCCGGCCGUAUUCCAGAGAGAGCUUCUGGAGAAGCGCGAGCUUGGCCCCCGUCAAGCUACCCCCCCCAACUCCCCCAGCCUCUUUGAAGGCGAGGAAGAGGAGGAAGAGGAGGAGUAA